AUUAUCUAAACACAGAUACAGAGGUCCCCCAUACAGCGCAGUAACUUCAACUCUUCUCUUCUCUUCCCUUCAGUCACGCAACUUUUCCCUCCUCCCCUCUCCUCGCACAUCUUUUUCAAGCAAACUCAAAACGGCCAACUGUUUCUUCAACCAACGCCAUUGAUGAAGAUCAUCAAUGUCACCAUGAAUUUUAAUUUUCCGGCUACUCUGUUCCUUGCGAUUACUCUUCUUUUUGCUUGUUCCGAAGCUCUCAAGCAAGGACAGAGCUGCAUCGCCAAUGGCAACUGUGAUUCAGGGCUACAUUGCGAGACUUGCAUCGCAAAUGCCAAUGUCCGUCCCCGUUGUACUCGAAUUCAGCCUGUCAAUCCUCUUUCUAAGGUGAAAGGAUUGCCGUUUAAUCGGUACUCAUGGCUGACAACGCACAAUUCUUUUGCCAAAUUGAAAGCGAAGUCCGGGACAGGAAGUGUAAUAUUAGCUCCAAUGAACCAGCAGGACUCCAUAACCGAACAGCUAAAUAUUAAAGAACUUGUGAGUUACUACUCAUUUGUUUUCUUCUGCGAUCUGGUUAAGAAUGCGUUGGAAAGCUUCAUUUGCUGA